CCUUUUCUUGUUUGUUGUUUAACGCCGCUAUCAGCAAUAUUCAGGCUAUAUGAGCAUCGAUCCACGCAAUUGGAACACCUGGUAACAUCACUGUUUGUGAUUGUGAUUCAUAAACACUCACGAUUUGGUCGGAAUCGGAAAACAAACUCUUGAUUUAUAAUGCUUAUGGAAAGUGUUUUGUUGCUUUUGUUAUUCUAUUUUAUGGAAGAUGUUUCGAGGAAUGCAGUCUUAAAGAAAACUCAGAGACAUUUGCACAUUGGAUCGUGUCUGUGUCUCUGCGCUCGCGUGCGUGCGUGCGUGCGUGCGUGCGUCGCCCUUGUAUGUCGGCAAUCGAGUCAGAUUUAACCAUCCGGAGUCUGGACAAAUCACUGAGAUAAUUAUCUGUCGAAGUAAUAGUCUAAGAUACCGAAAUAAAUGUUCAAAUGGGACGAAAGGAAUCCUACUGCGUGAGAAUAUCAAGGCUAGACGUCGUGGCCAAACGGACACAAGUCUGCUGUCGCCAUGGCUUCACUGCACUGACUUUGGCUUUGAACCCAUUGAACACGGUAUUCAAGAGACACCAUCGGAUUCUGCUACGUCACUAAUGCUUCCGGUUCCCAUGAGAUUGCGCAGUGCGAUCGAGCGGCAGUGCGCCAUGUGCUUUGAGUGAUGGUAGGACUGACGUGGUCGGUCACAGCACAAAUUUGUGAUUUUCGUUAGUCACGAGGUGGCUAAGUUUCGUAAUUGAUGACUAUAGUUGCACUACGUGUUAGUGUGACGCCUUUUAUUAACUUUUCACUAUCGACGCUGUCGAUUUUAGUGAGUGAAACGUACACGUGAGUGUACACCUGUUGAACACAGUAACCUGUAUUCGAAUCAUGGCCUCUAACGCAUCACAGCAAAAGAGACACUGCGAGGCUAUACCUGGCGGUAAACAUGCAGACAAAACUAAAUCAGGGCCUAAAUCACACCCCAAAGAGACACUGCGAGGCAGUGACUCGCUUGAAACCAGCUCUAAACAUCUUUUUUCGGGCGAGGUGACUGCAGAACAACCACGAGGUGGCGCUGAUACCAAUAUGGCAGCGCCUGAUCAACAAAACUUGCGUAGCGAGUUUUUUUACUUUGGUAAACUGAUUGCUGAUUCGAUCUCAGACAUUAAAUCAUCAAUCACUGCAGGGUUUGACGAACUAAAGCAGUCAGUUACUGACAAGCCAUACUAUGAGUAUGAAGAUGGCACUGAGAGUGACGCCUUUUACAUGCAUUACGAAGAUGAGUACGUCGAUGGGGAUGACGAACCCCUAAAGACGAAUGCGUGUGAAAACAAGACUGACGACAAGAUUGAGAGAUUGUUAAAUACCUGUGAAGGGGACCGUCAGAGUACACCCUCCACAAGUCAUGGUGAUAAGUUUCUUGUCACAAUUCAUGACCAGAUCAAAACUAAAGUGGUGAAGCCACAAAAAAGUUGGAGGACAUUGAAAAGUCUUGCAAAGCUGCUAACAAGGCUAGACCCAGGGACUACAACACAUUCACAAGGGGUCCGAGUAGAUUUCCAUAUAAAGGUCGCUAUCCCGGACGAGCACGACACAGGCCAUACAGGAGUGGACCAUAUCAGCCUUUUUUAGCCAAAAGAGGUGGAUACGCAGCCUUCAGGGAAAACAAGAGACUGAUGAAGCACGGCCAGAGCCAGUAGCACAGUCUAGUGAAACCCCGACAGCUGCAAACACCCAGUGUGAUCAGCCAGUGUUUGCAGAAACUUCAGA